CUGCAGGCCAGCAUCACAACUCACGAACCGGCCAUGCAUUUCCAGACGAUUGCGAGCCUUUUGGCGCUGUCUGGUGCAGCAAACGCCUUUCGCGACUCUUCGCCUUGGAUCCUUUUAUCAACCUCUCCCUUUGCCAAAGCUCCCAGCGCGAAUCAGAUCCAAUCGAGCUCUUCAGUACUGAGCUUUGCGAAAGAUGUGCUGUCGACAUGCCCGACCGACCGAUAUCUCAUUGUUUCUCAGCCCGGCCUGAACGCCGCUGACCUGCGACGGUCUACUGGCUGUGCCAUGCCACACCUUUGCCAAGCCGUCGAGGACAGCCGAAUCAACGGCAAAGCCAUUGUCUCCGAGGUCGUUGGAGAUUUGGCGGGUGCUAAUUUAUCAGAAUUCAUCAAAUCUGCGUGUGCCAAGAAGGAUAAGACGGUUACCGUAGACGACGUCCGCUUGGCAGCCUUGUCUGUAGAGGACAGAACUAGAUCAUUUUCUGAUAACGGUAUGCCCCUUGCAAAGGCAAAUGCAGACAACAGCUACACAAUCGUCGUUUUUUCCACGCCACAUGAGCCAACUUACGAGCCCGAUUUCGUAGACCCCGUUCGCAUGGACCUGAAGAGACACGUUCAGAGCGCACAGCUGCAAAAGCGAGACAACAAGACUGACUGGGACAAGCUUCCCCUUUUCGAGAAGUACCAGUUCUUCACUCCCGGUAUUUUUAUGGCCCUCAUCACCGCCAUUGUUCUGCUUUCUAUUCUCGGCGUUGGAAUCAAAGCCCUUGGUAGCCUUGAAGUUUCAUAUGGUGCAUUUGAGAAAGACAUGGGCCCUGCCGCACAGAAGAAGAAUCAGUAAUGAUAAUGCACUGCGCACCCAGCAAGAUAUCAUGUAGCGAGUCUGUGCUUUAAGGAUCCUGUAACAGUAUUUUUUUUUCUUUCUCUUUAAUUUAGAAUGUGGGAAAUGCAUUGCUUUUCAUGUGUAUCAUAUCGAAUAAUAUGCUUUGGUACUUUGUCCUAUGUCGAGACAAUGUGACAUAAGUACCUAGGUAGAUUGCAUCGUGCGAAGUAUGACUCUCUUUCCCCCCCCCCAUCCAGCCUCCCUCAGCCGUAUGGGAUGACCAAACAAACGCCUAGACUCCUAUCAUUCCGAAAAUCCUCGAGUUCUAAUUUUCAUGCUCUCAUGCUUGACUACUUUUAAACCAGGUGGCUUGGCAGCAGGAAAUUCGCAAUGCCUUCCUUCACAGCAUAUUGAUGCCCGCAGUUGGCGCAGACCAGCUUUCCCUCGGAUAUCUGAGUCUCCAGUAACAAGUGGUGAAGAUCCCGCAUCGUCUUCUCAUCAGCCUGCAGCUCUUCCAGUGUAGGGGCUUGCUCAGGCAACGCAGGAAAGCCCAGCUCUGAUGAUGUCGUGCGGAGGGCUGUCCAGUCCAGACGUGGCAGCACGUUGAUUAGCAUAUCCGGGUUGAGCUCGAUCUCAUCCUGCACAAGCUCUGCAUCCUGAGGGUGUAAAGGAUACGAGUUGGACGAUGACUUGCAGGCCUUGACGGCGCACGU